CAAAUGUAUUAAUCCUCUUUAAAAUUCCGCACACGGAACCCUGUCUCCCUACAUGUUUCUGAACGAGUCGUUUUACGAGCGGACACUCGUUCCUUGUUUAACGGUAGCCGCAAUGUGAUUUUAUUUACACUUUUAAUCAACAUCUCAGCGUUGUAACGUGGAUAUUAAAACAUACUGUCAUUAUUUUUGACAUGUUGUUGACCUAUCGUAUCCCAUAUGGUCAUCAUGUGAGCUGACGGUGGGCUGCUGACAGAGGAAGGAUUAUAACGAUGCUAACGAUUGGACACACAACCGUAAUGUUAACGUUAUCACGUUAACUAAACAGCAGUGAUAUUUUCCGUGCAUCUCCAUCCCAUACCUUAACUCAGCCUGUGAUCUGUGACAACACACAGUAAGUCAACUAACUGGGAUGCCUAAUGCCAGUGCUCGACCGAAACACGGCAGGAGGACCCGCAGGCGGCGCAGAGAGGACCCCGCCAGGAACGAGCUAGUCUCCAGCUCUCUGGAGAGCGCCCAGCAGUGCCUGUUCAACCAGGACUAUGGAACUGCGUUUGUGCACUACCUUCUGGUCCUCAACCUUGCGCCUAUGUUUAAAGACUUUGCAAGGGAGUCCUUCAGGUUCACUCUCUUUAAGUGGACAGAAGAGCUGGACUCUGUGGGCCGCAUUCAGGAACUCUUUGACUGUUAUGAACAAGCGCUGGAACUGUUUCCUGCUGAUGAGGUGAUCCUGAACAGCAUGGGGGAACACCUUUUCAGAAUGGGCUUCAGGGAUGAAGCCGCGGGUCAUUUCCAUAAAGCCUUGAAGCUGAGACCGGACUAUCCCGAAGCCAGGGAGAACUUCUACCGCGUGGCCAACUGGCUGGUGGAGCGCUGGCAUUUUUUAAUGCUCAACGACCACGGGAGGAACAGGAAGUACCAGCAGGCCAUUCAGAAGGCUGUGCAGAGCGGCUGCAACACUGUGCUGGACAUCGGUACUGGCACUGGCAUCCUCGGUAUGUGUGCAAAGAAAGCAGGGGCUGCUGAGGUGUACGCCUGCGAACUGUCCAAGACCAUGUAUGAAUUAGCCUGUGAGGUGCUAACAGCUAAUAAAAUGGAUGAUAGCAUCAAGAUCGUCCAUAUGAAGUCUUUGGAGAUGGAAGUGCCAAAGGACAUCCCAAAAAAGGUUUCCUUGGUGGUGACAGAGACGGUAGAUGCAGGAUUGUUUGGAGAGGGCAUCAUAGAGAGCCUCAUUCAUGCCUGGCACCACCUGCUGCUGCCUCCACAGAGAGGGGAGAAUGAGUUCCAGGAUCAGUCUGCGACAGGGAGGGUGAUCCCAGCUGGAGCCACUGUGUUUGGGAUGGCUCUAGAAAGCCUGGAGAUCCGCAGACAUCACAGGCUGUGUGUGUCAGAGGUGGGCAGUUUGUCCAUCUCUGCAGCCGGGGAGCUCCGCAGUCCGGUGAGCUGCAGCCCGGAGCCCGACGAGUCCAUGGAGCCGUACACCACAGAGAGACUCAGCAGACUGCCGGGGGGGUAUAAAGCUCUCACUGAGCCCUUCACUGCACUCAACAUAGACUUCAACAACGUGCAGGAGCUGGAGGGCCUGAGCUCCAGGGAGGUUCAGAGGAUCCGCCUGCCCGUCACUGAGGGGGGGGAGCUGGACGCUCUGGCUGUCUGGUUCCAGCUCCACCUGGACGAGGACAGCAGUCUGUCCACCGGACCGGAGGAGGACACCUGCUGGGAGCAAGCCAUCUACCCUGUCCACAGCACCAAGGGUUUUGUCCUGAAGCCUCAGGACGAGCUGGUGGUUGAAGUCUCCUGCAGAGACGCCUUCCUGCGCCUCUGCAGCGUCGCUGUGCUGAGGGACGGCCAUGAAAUCUGUCUGGACACGCUCCAGGACCCGCAGAACACUGCAGACCCCGUUUCAAAUCAAACCCCAGAGGCAGAACUGUGCAGUGCACUGGCCUGUCUUCAGACGGACCAGAGCCAAACCAAAGACUUCUGCAUGCUGGAGUGUUCAGAGAUGGCGCUCCUGAACAAUCAGGAGUACCAUCAGAGUUUCAGCAGCGCACUAUCCAAACUCAUCUCUCAGAUGAAGGUCAAAUGUCAAAACAAAGAGCCAGGGUCAGGUGUUCAGUCUGAUUCUGCAGACCUGCUCUUCGUCCUCGACGUGUCAGAGGGCUUCUCUCUGCUCUCCCUCAUCGCUGCCAGCCAUGGACAUGUGAAAGCGUUCAGCUCUGUGGAGAAGGUAAAGCAACAGGAAGUCUUAAAGAGACUGGCUCAGUCCAAUAAUGUCCCCGAGCAGCAUCUAGAGUUCUGGCUGAACAACAUGGAGGAUGAGCAGGGGAUGCUGAAGAGGCCGUCCAGGGAGAAGCUGUGGAGCGCCAUCAUGCUGGACUGUGUGGAGACGUGUGGGCUGAUCAGACAGAAGCUGAUGGAGAAGGCUUCCCUGGCCCGGUGUUUGCUGGAAGACGGAGGAAGUAUCUUCCCAGCAAAGAUCGUGGUGCAGGGUAUUCUGGUGGAGUCGGACACGUUGCUGCUGGAGAGUGCCGUCCAGGGUCAGGAGCCGACGCUGGGGUUCAACAUCGCUCCGUUCAUCAACCAGUUCACUGUACCGGUACAUGUGUUUCUGGACUUCUCCACACUGGAGUGCAGGCAUCUCAGUGAGUUUGUGGAGCUCUUUGUUCUGGACCUGAUGGAAUCCACAGCCAACUACACCAACAGAGAAGUAAAGGUCCAGGCGACGUCGGCAGGCAGAGUUACAGCCAUUCCCUUCUGGUACCAGAUCCACCUGGACCAGGAGAUCAGCGUCAGCACCCUCAGCCAGAACUCCCACUGGAAGCAGGCGGCCGUGGUGCUGCAGCAGCCUCUGAAGGUGCAGGCCGGAGACUGGGUGCGCCUCGCUGUGAAGCUUCAGAAGAGUGCCAUCUCCAUAUCAGCACACAUAGAGAAUCCCCCCGGACCAAUGGAACAAUAAUCUCUCACAGUAUUUUAGCAAUUAAGUUUCAUUUCGAUGUAUGUUAACCCUCAAUUAAAUAGAGGCUCAUAGGGAAGUGCAUUAAACACUAUGCAGUGAUUUUCUGGUUACAUUUAAAGGUCCAACUUCUGUAGCGUUGUUUUCCGUCUUCAAAGUUUUUUCCCAGACACAUGGGAUCUGUUUUGAGCUUUAGUAGAAUCCUACAUGAGCCACGCCAUUUGGGAAUCAGCAUCUGUAACGAUAAACCUUUAAGUCAUGUUUUUAUUUCUACAUUGUGCCAUAAAAUGAUAGGACAUUUAAACUUGUACUUAUGAAUAUAUUAUUUGUAAGUAUAUCAAUAUUAUAGAUGUCCCUUGAUUAUGGAAACAGUUGUUUUUGUAAAGCUGUAUGUUGGUAUCAAUUUUAAAAAAAGUCAAAGAAUUAAUGUCAUUUUCUUAAUAAAUUCAAGACAAAAGAAUUUGGAAAUUGGAAUUUAUCUGAUUUAUUGAAGAGACUGUCAGAGAAGUUAAAUGUGGAAUCAUUUACAUCAGCUCUGAUGUAAUCCUAUCAGUUUUAUUGAAGAACAAAAAUGAUAUAAGGCAAUGUGCUUUAGUCAGACAUGAUGCAGAUUAUGCUGAUAUUUCCAUACAUUUGUGUCUUUUUUCAGACAAACUGAUAUCAUACACUUGCAUUAAAUAUGUCAAUAUCCCUGCUCAAAAUAAAUCAUGUCACAACAUUGACAAAAGAGCUCAGAGAGUCCAUGAAGAAGACAACAAAUGGUCAUUCCAGCUCAAAUCAACGGGUAACACCUCAUCAAAUAAAACAGCUCCUGGAAUAUAAAGGCUGUAUUGAUGUAGUGGCUGCAGUAGUUCCACGGCACAUGUAACAAGGCAUCACAUGUUUCAGUUGGCUGUGUGCAUUAAGCACUGUUGGGGAAUUAACCAGACUGCUGAUUUGAACAGUGAUUGAAUUGUGUUUGUUGUCUUAAUACUCAGACUGUACAUCCAGUAUAUACUCAAACUCAAACAAAUAUAUUGUUUUUUAUUCCGUCAGGGCACAUCUUUCAGCACUAGUCAGUAGUUAAUUACUGCAUGAGACCGUUUAGUCUCAAAUGUGCAUCAACAAAGUGUGUUGCUUCUGCUAUUUAAUCCCUUCCCUCUGGGGUACAGAUAUUGUACGGACUAGGGCCAACAAAAUAAGAGGAUACUGGACAUCUAAUGUGCUUUAGUACCGUAGAUACUACAAUGUGACAUUACUUAUUUCAAUCAAUGUCCUCUGAAAUCCCUAUAAAGUAAGAUAUAGAAUAAGGAAAACAUUUAGUAACAUUGCAUAUUUCACUUAAUCACCCAACUAUAACAUUUGAGGUCAUGAUUUGACAGAAAAAAAGUAGCAAUUUCCUGUUUGGAUAUUCAUCCAAGCUUUGAUCAGAGUUCAGCAAGGGUUAACUGGUGUCUUAUCGCAACACACACGACAGUAUGCUUCGAGACACAUUCAAAUAAACUGGAAUUUCCCAAUAACAAUUCAUUUUAAAAUCCUUCUUCUCCUGUGCCAUAUAACUCCCAAGUACAACGAAACUGCGUAAAAUGCUUUUU